AUGGCUAUGGCAAGGCAGUUGAUGGACGGUAAGCCCGUCAAGAAGGUCCGCCCGCGACGGACGGUGGACUACAGUGGGCCUAUGGGCAGAUGGGCAUUGUUGCGCAAGCUGCGGCCGAAUUCCACAUAUGUACCGUACUUGAGGCCUGCGCCUCCUUACAUCAUUGAUCUUUUACCUCCAAAAGCAUACCCAGAUAACCCCUCCACAUCCUUGUGCACGAAGUUUGUGCACACGUGUAUUAACAAGUACCGGUGCCCUGUGAAUUGCGUCACGUGGACACCGGAGGGCCGACGAGUGCUGACAGGCUCGACGAGCGGCGAAUUCACGCUAUGGAACGGCCUCACCUUCAACUUCGAGACGAUCCUGCAAGCGCACGACACCGCCGUGCGCGCCAUGAAGUUCACCCACGCCGGCGCAUAUCUCGUCUCUGCAGAUCAGAGUGGCAUCAUCAAGUACUUCCAGCCAAACAUGAACAACUUGACUGCGUGGACGGGACACCGGGAGGCCAUCCGAGGCCUGAGCUUCAGCCCGGACGAUCAGCGCUUUGCAACCGCUAGCGACGACUCUACAGUCAGAAUAUGGGCGUUUGAGGAGAGUCGGGAGGAGCGGGUCCUUACCGGACAUGGGUGGGAUGUCAAGUGCGUAGAAUGGCAUCCGAGCAAAGGGCUUCUGGUCUCCGGAAGCAAAGACAAUAUGAUCAAAUUCUGGGAUCCAAGGACCGGGACAGUACUGUCUACACUGCACUACCACAAGAACACCGUACAAGCCCUGGCAUGGUCCCCGAACGGCAACAUGGUCGCCAGUGCCUCCAGAGACCAGACGGUCCGAGUGUUCGACAUUCGCGCCAUGAAGGAAUUCCGCGUCCUGAAAGGGCACAAGAAGGAAGUGUGCUCCAUCACAUGGCACCCCAUCCACCCGCUCCUCGUCUCGGGAGGGUCCGAAGGCGCGAUCCUGCACUGGGACCUCUCCUCCUCCACCGAAACCACCGCGCAAAGCGCCACCCAACCCGGGGCGCGCGCGACGCUCUCGCAAGCACACGACUCGAACGUCUGGGCGCUCGCCUUCCACCCGCUCGGCCACCUCUUCGUCAGCGCCUCCAACGACCACACCACGCGCUUCUGGUGCCGCGAGCGCCCCGGCGACGCCUCCUCCGUCUUCUCCGGGGGAGGCGAAAAGCCGCCCGAGGCGGAUGGGACGGGCCAGGAGGAGGAGGAGGAGGCGAUGGUCCCUGGGUUUGGGUUCGGCGGCGGCGCAGGAGGCCCUGGCGGCGGCCCCCCUCCUGGUGGUGGCGGGGGUGGUCCCAGCUGGUGGGGAAAGACGGAGGACGGCGACCGUACGAUAUCGCAGUCGUCCUCCUUUGACGGCGGCGCGUACGCGCGCGCCAGGUUCACCGGCCCGCAGCAAUCAUCACAGCAGCAGCAGCAGCAGCAGGACAUGGGCGACGACUAUAUCCCGGGCUUUGGCGCGGCGGAUGCGGGCGUGCCGACGAGCGCGGUGGCGGGACGCCAGAGUGGCCCGCUGCCGUCGCAGGAAGAUAUGUUUGGAUCGGGCGAGCCCGAGCCCGAGCAGCGGGAGUGGCGGGGCGGUAGGGCGGGCAGAAGUACGCGUUGGGGCCCGCGGCGGGGUCGGCACUGAUGGUGGUUCUCUGUUCCCUUCCAUGUAGUAUGUUUUCCAGAAAUGAUAUCUGUGUACCGAUCUCUAGGUGUUCUGCCUUUUGUGGGCUAAGCGAGGGCACCUCUGGAAGAACCCCUCUGCUUCGAUCGCACCAGAAGCCAAUGCACUCGCAGAGUUCUUCCUGCAGACUCAGCCUGAACCUCACUCACUCGCUAGCACACCAUCGACCAGAAGGGAUAACAGUGACUCUAUAAUUGUGAAAGGAGCAGACAUUUGAGACGUGACGGGUGCGUGAUACUACUGAGGCUCGAGCAGCAGGAUGUGGGAUAUGUAUCAUGUAUGUAUGUACAGUACAGAUCAUCGAGGCCCGCGCGAGCACUGCUGCCGCAGGCGCACGACGCAUGUAGUAUGGUAAAAAAAAUCAUCGAAGCCAACUCGAAUCUGUGU